AUUUCUAUUUCUCAUUGUACGAAGAGAACUCUAUCGGGUCGGUCGCGAUAGUGCUGCGGUGCGCUUCAAUUAGAUAAAUAGUAAAAGGAAUUUGUGCAUUUUUUUUUUCAAGUGUUAUUUAAAGUGCGCUAUUAUGUUUUAUGUUGAUUACUUACCAUUGAUUUGUGCUUGACAUCGUAUGUGCUGUUGGAUUGAAAGGUGAUUCGUGAAUAAUCAGUGAAAAUCUUGUAUCGUGUGCCUAAAUACCUUUGUUUGUUUUUGUUUUUCAACGUGAAGGAAGUGUCAGCUAUUUUUGUACGACUACUUAGAUCAUUGUGUGGUUCUUGAAAUGUUUUUACGGGUGGUGCAAAUUCCGAUGGUUGCUGAGACGAAUUUCGCGAUCGGUACUACGCCUACUACAACUGCAAGUGAUGAUUACUCAUGCUUGUGGUUCUCUGGAGAAUACGAUGUUUGAGUGUAAAGUUGAAUGCGAUGGAAAUCAAUGAUAAUUGAUAGUGGCCUAGAAAAAUUUCCCUCAGACCUCCAUACACCCAACGCUUUAGUGGAAAAUUUAUGGAGUGAAAAUAGUUGGUUGUCGUGCACCAGCUGCUGCUGGAGUAUAAUAGCUCCGACCCAAAAUAUAAGGAAAACGAAAUUAUAGUGAGUCUUGUAUGUGUGCUUGGAGCAAAUAAUAAAGAAGAAUGACAUGAAGCAUUGAGCCUACUCCCCCUUCGAAGCGAGAGUGGUUGUUGUGCAAAAUAUUGAGGAGAAAAAUCGCUUGCUACCUUGCCUGCCUGUUUGCGAAAUUACGGUGCAAGAAAAAAAUAAAAGUGAAGAAGAGGCACGAGCAAAAAUAAAAUGCUAAUUGCUGUUACUUGUGCAGACGUGGGGAACAUCAAAAGCGAUACGCGUAUGUGCGAAAUCGACAACGGCGGAGACGAAAUCAUCAUCGAAGGUGCAAUAGCGAAUAUCUUGCAGAAAUACUAGUAGGUGCAUCUUGGGGCUGCAAAAUGGCAUGGAAAAGCAGAUGCUGGCUGCCUUUUACUGGAUGAUUGCCGGCCCAGAUUACUGCUGCAUCAGCUUUAACUCAUAUCGACUGUCACUGUCACUGACCUACUCUAUCUUGGCUGUAUAUCGGCCCGCUUAAAAGUUUCAUUAAAGCCAUCUGCUUCGAAACCCAGCAAGCGUGUCGUUCUGUUGGCGAAACAUACAAAGUUGCAAUCGUUGCUGCGUGGUAGGCUGUGUGAAUAUACCCUUUCUACUGGGCUGAAAACGUGAGCGGCAGCAGAGCAGUUCCACGGUCAUCGGGAUGGCGUCACUCAAGGUUGCGGUUCGAGUGAGACCCUUCAAUCAGAGGGAAAAUGAACUCGGCUCCAAGCUCAUCGUCCAGAUGGACGGCAAGCGGACGCGGCUGCUCAAGCCGAAACUCACCGGUCCGGGAGCGGUCCGCGGCGAACUGCUGGCGGCCCGUGGCGGCGGUCCGGAACCGUUCAACGAUUUCACGUUCGACCACUCGUACUGGUCGGUGGAUGAGGGCGAUUCGCACUACACGCCGCAGGAGAGCGUCUUCGAGGAUCUGGGCACGGAGAUUGUGGACUGUGCGUUUCAAGGUUACAAUGCAUGCGUGUUCGCGUACGGCCAAACCGGAAGCGGAAAAACAUUCACCAUGAUGGGAACGGCUGAAGCGCAAGGUCUCAUCCCCCGUAUCUGCCGGUCACUGUUCGGUCGGAUGAAACUGGGCCAGGAGGAAGGUGUCGGCUACAAGACCCAAUGCUCGUAUCUGGAAAUCUACAACGAAAGGGUAAAGGAUUUGCUGGGGCCAAGUAGUGCCGGGCAUGGACUGAGAGUGCGUGAACAUCGGACUUUGGGACCGUACGUUGAGAAUCUGUCACAGCAUCCGGUGUCGGACUACGGGGAGAUUCAGAACUGCAUGGUUCAGGGCAACAUCCAGCGGACGACGGCCAGCACCAAUAUGAACGACACGAGCAGUCGAAGUCAUGCUAUUUUCACGAUCACCUUUGUCCAAGCUCGGUAUUUGAACGACAUGCCAAGUGAGACGGUUUCGAAGAUUCACCUGGUGGAUUUGGCUGGAAGUGAACGAGCAAAUGCAACGGGUGCUACUGGACAGCGUCUAAAAGAAGGAGCACAUAUCAAUAAAUCUCUGGUCACGUUAGGAAGUGUUAUUUCGGCACUAGCAGAGCAAACCAAUCCCACUCAUAAUAAACGAAUUCUGUACAUUCCGUACCGGGAUUCGAUCUUGACGUGGCUUCUGAAAGACAGUCUCGGUGGGAACAGUAAAACCAUCAUGAUAGCGGCUAUUUCACCUGCGGAUGUGAACUAUAGUGAAACGUUGAGCACUCUGAGGUAUGCUAACCGAGCGAAGAACAUCAUCAACAAGCCAACGGUCAACGAAGAUCCAAAUGUGAAACUGAUCCGAGAGCUGCGCGAGGAAAUCUUCAAGCUGAAGAUGAUGCUUUCGACGGAUGGAUCCGCACUGGAACCGUCGCUCAAAGUACUGGAAGAUCUGCACAAGAAGGAAGCCCAGGAGAAGGUUCUAACCGAGGAAUGGGCCGAGAAAUGGCGAGAGGCGCAAUCGAUCCUUCGAGAGCAAAAGUCGCUUGGUUUGAGGAAAUCCGGUGUUGGAGUUGUUCUGGAUUCAGAGAUGCCUCACUUGAUCGGUAUUCACGACGAUAUUAGCACUGGAGUCACCCUCUACAGCUUGAAGGAAGGUGAAACCACCAUUGGCACAGCGGAAGCUCCUUACCCACAAGACAUCGUCCUCAACGGAAUCGGCAUCCACCCGGAGCACUGCCGAAUUGUCAUCGACAAUGGAAACGCAACAAUUUGUCCAAACCCUUCCGCCACCUGUUUGCUCAACGCCAACAUCAUCGAAAACCCCACAGCCAUCAGUCAAGGAGACAUUCUCCUGCUCGGCCGUACCAAUAUGUUCCGAUACAACAACCCCGCCGAGGCAGCAAAGAUGCGUCAGGACAACAACCACGUUCAACGUUCUUCCCGCCUGGAUCUAUCCCGCCUCUCCCUGAUAGCCGCAUCACGCGAGAAUCUCUGCAGCAGUUUUAUGAGCGACGACGACAGCAAUGCCGCCAUCCUAUCGCCUCAGAAUCCGCUCCGUUUCCGACAGUACACCCCAAGCCGGGAGGAUACGGAGUUGCAGGACGAACACCGGAAAAUCCUGCAGACCAUCGAAAACGCCCUCAAACAGCUGAAUUUGGAGCGGUCGCGAAUGCACGAGCAGUUCAAGAACAAAAUCAAACUCUGCCGGGAGGAGCUGGAGCGGUUGGAGAGUGCCAAGCGGGACAAGCUGAUGAUCCUGGAUUGCCGGAUAGAUGAGCUGGUGGCCCGCCGUGAGAUGAUACUGUGGGAGAAGAACAACGAGAAAACGCAGGUGGACAUAUUAGUUAGACAGCUAUCGGCCCUGCAAACGCAGCUAGACACCAAGAAGCGCGAUUUCUACGAGUACGUAGCCAAAGAGCUCCAAGAGCUGCAGGACUGCGGAAAGCUGGACGAGGCCAGUAUAGAGCUAAUCCAGAAGGCACCCCAGACGGAGGACUACUCGGAAAUUCUUCUGUUGAUUUCCAAAUCGUUGGACAAUUACUCCGCACAAUACAUCCGCGAGUACAUCCGUAGGAACCGUGAAGAGCUCGACAAGUACGAACGGGAAUUGGGCGAAAAGGAAUCUCAACUGGAGGAAAGUACGCGCAAGAUCGCCGACUUGGACCAGAAGAUAGGUGACCUUGAACGGCAAAAUCAGGAGUUGUUGCAGCAGCGUACUCAGCUGGAGAUGGAGGAGAUGCAGAAGAAGAAACAGUCCAUGACCCUGAAUCUAUCGCGAACCACAGACUCCAACGCUCAAACGGAUCCCAACGCAUGCGAUGAGCUCCAAAUGAUGGCAAGCACCGCAACGACUCGUACUCUGGAAACCUGCGAUACCUUCCACACGGCCAAUUCGGACUGUUCAUUCGUGUCGGCUCUGAACACUCCCGCUCUGGAAGCGCUCAACCAGCUGAUUCCGACACCCAGUCCAACCGAGGGAACGGAAUCCGGAGCGGAUCAUGAGUCGGACUACUACGAGGAAGCGGGUCACGUGCAAGGUAUGAGCGAUAGCGGAGUCAGCUUCGAAACGAACAAGGUCGGAGAGGGAGGCAAGUUGGCGAACGGUGGGAAACUCCUGUUUCAAUCGGAUGACCACUGUUUGCUGUUGGCAUCUUCAACGCCCAACUCGAAAUACAUCAACAAGACGGUGAUUGUGAAUGGUGGAGGCAGUAUUGAGAUCAACGGAGCAGAAGUGGUGCCAGCUUCAACGAGCGACGACUCGGAUGAGAACUCGGAUCAUGGUAAGGGUGGAGGUGGAAGCGGCAAUCGAAGUCGAGGCAACAGAAAUAGUGUUCGUACGGAAAUUUUCGAUAUUCGACACGGGAUUCAUCCGCUGCGAGUCAACAGCCGAAGUGGUGAAGAAGAGGAAGGAGAUGAUGAGGAAGAUGAGAGGCAUUCGCACACCAGCUCGCUGGACAACAGUUCAAUAACUUCUUCGACGGCGAACUUGAUCUUGUGCGAGAUGAACCUGCUUAGGGAGAACAUAGCAACCAAAAAGGCGGAGAUUAUGAAAAUCCUGGAGACGAACGGGGAUAAGACAAAUCUGGAUGGGAAGAUCAGUGAGCUGCAGGAUCUGCAAAAGAGGAUACUGCAGCUGGAGAUCAAGGUACAGGACGUGGAGAAGAACUGUAUGUCUGACGAGGGUGGACUGGAUUCGGUUCGGGACAUGCCGGGAAGUUUCACCGACAGCGACGACAGCCGGAUAAACUCGUGCAUAUAUCCGGACUAUCUCAGGCAUCGUGCACAGACCAGUAUUUAUGCGCCGAGCGUGACUCGCUCGCUGCCGUCCUUCGAGAGCGCGUCGGUCGAGAGGAUGCGUUCGGAGCAUUUGAUCAAUAUACCUACCUACAUUAUUCGUGGAGCUGGCAAGCAAACUCACUACGAGUAUGAGGUGAAACUGAACCUGCCGGAUGAUCGGUGGACGUUGCUAAGGCGGUACAGCAGGUUUCGAGAACUGCAUCUCAAGAUGAAGAAGGAAUACGGCGAAAAGGUAACCAACAUCCCAUUCCCACGGCGAGAGCUGUUCGCCUCGAACACGGAAUCGGUGGCGAAAACGCGCCGUCGUCAGCUGGAAACCUACCUGCGGCGUCUGCUGGUCGUGUGCUCGAAGAUACCACACAGCCCCAUCUACGAAGGCGAGGGAAGGCCGGGCCUUACCAAGGCCACCCUUAUCGAACUGCAUGCGGGAUUCUUCAAGAAGGGUCUAUUCGAAACGGGCAAGCACGGAACCGGUUAAGACUGGUCAGGGCGGUUGAGGUAUGUGUUUUGCUUCCUGUUGAGUUCAUCGGAUUUCGUUUUGUGUGUUGAACUGGGGGAAGCAAACAGUGAAUUGUAAGGCUGAUUUUUGUAGAUAAAUGAGCGAGCUGUCGGAGGUUUAGAAUGAUUCUUAGCUGAAGGACGUCCGCUAAGUUAGUUUCCUAUUAGAACAGAUUUUAUUUAUUGUAAAUGACAAAACAGUUUUGUUAGACGUUAGAAAUAUAGUGAGAUUGAUUAUGAUAAGAAUAGAAAGACACCAAAAUCAGACGCAACAGCAGGAAUAUCGACGACAAUAACCCCAUGAUAUGGUAAAAGGACAGGAUCCUUGAAUACUACUACAACAUAAAUGGCUAAGACACAAUCUCUUGUUCAACUUUAAAUUUCAGUUUGUGUUGACAGAGAUUGCCGUUCCCUGCUUCGUUGAACGCAAGAAGAUUUAGGAAGUUUUUGUAGCGGAAAAGAAAAGAAAGGGCUUGAUCCAGUUUUGUUCGUAAUUCAAAACCGCGAAACCAAGACCUUGACGAUGAAUUAGAAGAAAAAAAAAACAAAUUAUAUUUAUGACCCACGAGUCAAUUUUUUCAUAUACCUUCCAUAUUCGUUUGAGUACUGAGUAGUUGUUAGUCAUCAUUGACAUGAUCCCCCUGUAAUCACAUUUGCCUUUACGCGUUAACCCACACAGACAUAUUCUGGAUGAUUUUGCCUGACUCACACACGUACACAUAUUUAGUAACUAGCUGUGAUUUUCCAUUUGACUCCCGUCUCUCGCGAUGGUCCUGUUAUCUUGAUAAUUUUAAUUGGAACGAGUGACACCCGCGAUGGACUGCCCGAGAGUGGAUCGAUCAUGAUUUAGCGCAUACAAAGACCUGAUACACAAACAUAUUGAUUAUGAUAGGGUAAUUUAUAGGUACGAAAUGUGUUUCUAAAUGAAUAUCGAGUAGAGUUGCAAUUAGCUACCAAACUGUUAGGAAGAUUCCCACGACGAUACACACAAUAGUUAAAAUGUAGAACGAAAAUGUCAAACAGAGCUUCUUCGGACUUAUAACAGUGUAAACUUUUGGAUAUCAUGUAAGUGUUAACAACCCUUGUUCUUUGAAAGUAGUGACAGAAAUACAAAAUCGAAAUCAGACAGGUAUUCAACUAAAUUAGAUCGAAUAGAAAUGGUCGUCUAACAAUGCAACCCUUAAGAAAUUAGCUA